AUGUAUCCCCCGGCCGAACCUGCAAAACGAAGAAUAACCAGGUCCAAGGCCGCAGCCCAAAACCCCAAACCAAAAUCCCAAACCAAGCCUCAAAAGCAGUCUCAAAAGCAGUCUCAAAAGCAGUCUCAAAAGCAGUCUCAAAAGCAGUCUCAAAAGCAGCCCAAAAAGCAGCCCAAAAAGCAGCCCUCCCCCAUAGUACCCAAAGUCUGGGCAGCACCCGCCGAUGCAUACGGAUCACUCAAUGUCCUGCCGGCUGAACUCAAGCUCAUGAUCUUCGACUAUCUUACGCCGGAGGAGCUCAAAAUCUUUACAUCUUCUUCGAAGCACUAUUAUAGUGUUUACCUGCCCUUGCGAUUUCAAAACUUGACUGUUACUUUAAAUUCGAGUUCUGCCAAAUUCUUCCAAAGCGGGGUGGGGGAAUAUAUCCAAUCCGUACGCUUCGGAAGAACAGAGGACAAAAAAGACUACAGUGCAUUAUCGGGCUGGUUACAAGUUAAGAAAAAGAACUUCAGGCGUACCCGGGAUGCCAAUGAUAUAUUCUCGGAUCUUCGUGAUGCUACUGAGGCGUUGAAAUACUUCCCAAACCUUCGAAAACUUUCUAUAAAAUACGAGAUCCCAGGCUCCGCAGAAAAUAAUGCCUACCUCGCCGUCCUCAAGAAUAUUCCUUGCAAUCUGGAAACCCUCGAGUUCCAAAUUAUCAGAUUUCGCGAAAAGGCUGCAGACCAAUGUUACAAAAGAUCGAAGGAAUUAUAUGAUCUGCUGUACUCGAAAUUGUCAGCUGCAAACCAAAAAUUCUUAGGGAAAAAGAGGAUUCUAGACGAUGAUAUUGACAAACUAGUAAUAUCAAAUUCUCCAAAACUACCAAAUCUGAAAACCUUCAAACUAUCAGCAAAUUGUCUGGCCAAUCCGAUGUUGUAUUCUCAAUCAAAUUAUUUUCGACGAACCGGAUUCUACUACCUUCCACUCUUAGCGACGCCCCAGGUCGAAAAUCUGUGUAUUGAAACCACAGACACGGAACAAACAUUCAAUACCUACGGGUUCAUAGACGAGGAUCUUGACGAUUCCAUUGAGUUAAAUCUCAAAUUACUUGAAGCAUUUUCAAGAAUUACAAACCUCGAGCUCACGGCUUAUUUCCCACCCAUCCAAGAAGAUUUCGCGAGACUCAUAGAACGAUUUCCAAAUCUAAAACGUCUAGACGCUCAAUUAUUUCCAAGCUUUGACGUAGAGCUUGAUUGGAGUUUAAAUAUAUACGCCGACCUAGUUAAACUCAAGGGCUUGCAAGAUAUAACACUACCAUGGCUAAGAGAUCGCAAUGGAGAUAUAACUUUGAAAUCAGUGGAGCUGAUGUGUCGGGAUUGGAGAAAUAAUGGUUUGAGUGAUUUGAGUAGCGUCAGGUUCACAAGAAAGUUGCUUCAUCAAGAAGAGUGGCGCUUUCCAAAUUGGGCGACGCUUUCGGAUAAUAGUAUAGGGCUCCGGCGAACGGAAAAUAAUGUUUGGGAGGCAUAUUAUAUCUCAUGA